CAAUGCUGGUGAGCCAACCCAGUACGUUGAACACGGGUUUUUAGGAACCGGAGGGCUACUGAUUCCGCGCCAAACAGCCCUAAUUGGCUCCAUUUUCAGCAACCAAGUGGCCCAAAGCUUUGACACGAUCUUCGUUUACCAGAGCUUUACUUCGUCCUUCGCAUCGGAGCUCCUCCUGUGAUUUACGAUGGCAGUUUGAUUUCUUGGGAUCGUUUGAUCUCUCAGUGAUCCGCUCUCAUCUCGCCAUGAACGACGCCUCUGUCAAAGGCCUCGAAGUCUUCGAUUUCACCGAAGAAGACGAGCUUCCUGAAUUGAUCUCCGAGAAGUGUCUCAGCAAAUUCAAAAACCCUAAUCUCGAAACUAACUCUGUUUUGAAGUAUGGAUGUCUUGAAUUAGGGAAAGAGGUUGAAAAUCGACAUAUGGAUGUUGACUUGGAUGAAUGUAAUCGUGGUUGUGACAAUGGUAUUUCACAUAUCCCCUCGGGCAUAUCUAAAGAGCAAUUGAUCAUGGAAGAAGAGAAAUAUCAGUUGGAUGUCAAUACAGAAUCAGAAUGGAAUACUCAUUCACAAGACAUGUUUGUGGAAGUAAAUAAUCACGUGACAGGAUGCUUUGGCUCUGAACUUGGAAAAGUUGGAUCUAGCUCUCAAAGUUCUAUCCUGGGGUUAAAUUGCACUCUUCCUGAGUUUGCCGCUAAAAGGGAGCAAGUGGAUGCACUUUCAUAUCCUAAUGGAAGCAUGAAUGGGAGUUCUCCAAUGAGCUCUCCUUCGGAGCUUGUAGAGGAUAGUGUUUCGCCGAAUGGGAAGUCUUCAGAUAAAUGCUCAUCUGACAAUGAAAUGGAUGAUCUUAACCAAGAGGUUGUUCUAUGUCCUGAUUAUAUUAUAUAUGGAGAUUCUUACUGUACCAGUUCGCAGUUAACCUUUUCACAUAAUGGCGUCAAAAUUAAUGGUUUUUCUGAUUAUGGAAGCAACGAGUUCCUUAACCUUGAAUGGAGAGUUGAUGAUCUCAUUAAUAUUGAGUGUCAUUGGUUUCAAAGGGUUGAAUUUGUGACUAUUAAGCUCCAUACUAUAUCAAAGGAUGUUGGUCAACGUGAUAAUGCAUGUGACACUUCUGGCCUUAAGGAAGUGAAGAUUGUUCUGGUUGAUCCUUGCUGGUCUGAGAAACAACAAAAAAUCAGAUCUUUGGAUUCCAGAUACAUGGCUAUUUGGAAUAUGUCUCUUGAUGCGGGCGAUGAUGAUUUGGGUGGCUCAAUACAUUAUCGUUACUACUUUUUGAGAUUGGCGGUGGCCACUUUUUUCAAUGAGUAUGAAUCUGUGUCCAGCUUUGAUGAGCAUUUUGAAGAAGUUGUCUAUCCCAAAGGAGAUCCAGAUGCCGUUUCCAUUAGUAAGAGGGAUGUUGACUUGUUGCAACCAGAGACAUUUGUCAAUGAUACAAUCAUUGACUUUUACAUCCAGUAUUUGAAGAGCCAGAUAGACCCUAAGGAGAAACAUAGAUUUCACUUCUUCAAUAGCUUUUUCUUUAGGAAGCUAGCUGACCUUGAUAAAGAUCCCUCAAGUGCUUCUGAUGGCAAAGCUGCUUUUCUUCGUGUUCGAAAAUGGACUCGGAAAGUGAAUUUAUUUGACAAGGAUUAUAUCUUCAUUCCUAUAAACUUCAACCUUCAUUGGAGCUUAAUGGUCAUAUGCCAUCCUGGUGAAGUGGCUAGAUAUAGCGAUGAAAACCUGAUGAAGUCAACAAAAGUACCGUGUAUAUUGCAUAUGGAUUCUAUUAAGGGAAGUCACGCAGGCCUUAAAAAUCUCAUUCAAAGUUAUUUGCUGGAAGAAUGGAACGAAAGAAACAAGGAUGCAUCUGAAGAUAUUUCAUCAAAGUUUAAGAACCUUCGGUUUCUCCCACUCGAGCUUCCGCAGCAGGAAAAUUCAUUUGAUUGCGGAUUAUUUUUGCUCCACUAUCUAGAACUCUUUUUGGCAGAAGCUCCCCUUGAUUUCAGUCCGUUCAAAAUCUCCAAGCUUUCAAAAUUUCUUAAUGUGGAUUGGUUCCCACCUGCUGAAGCUUACCUCAAGCGAACUUUAAUACAGAGAUUAAUUUUUGAAAUCCUUGAAAAACGAUCUCGAGAAAUGUCCACCACUGCUUGCAGUGAUGAUCUCCUUUCUAAAUUUCCAUCAAAUAAUGAGGAUGAAGCUGGUGUGGAGCUUGUUCCGGAAAGUGGAAGACUGGCAGAGACAUUCAAUCACAAUUUGUCAGGCUCACAAGCUGCUGAUGGGAUUGAAAUUACUCUGUUAUCUGAAUCUUCGAGUAGACAUAACCACUUUAUCGACGGUUCUGGCUUGGUUGUCAGAGAACUAUUUGAACCAGGCGCAUCAAAUGGAUCAUUACUUGGACACUAUCAAUCUUUUGCCCAGACAUCAUCGUAUUUUGAUGCAAAUGUUACCGUGCUGGAGGAAGAUGCAGAUACGGAAACUGGAGACCGUUUCAUGUACUUGCCUUCAGAACAGGAUGGUUUGCAGCCAGUCGAUGCAAUGACAUCUCAAGCUUGUCGUUUUCCGGGUUCGUCAAGAGGCCUAGAAUCCGAGACUGCUUUUGACUUGUGCAUGUCUAUUCAACCAGAGCAUGGUAGUGGCAUUGCCUCAUCCCCCUCAAGUCACUCAGAUGUCUUAGAAGAUGUGGGAAUCAUUGAAAGUUGCCAUGUUAGGGAACCAAGCCCUGGUAACAAAGAAGAAAUUAACAGAAAAAGGCCCUUACCAAUUGAGAACCUGGAACCUAUAGCAGAAUGCCCUACUUCUGCUGCUACCACGACGCAAGAUACCGACACCAUUGUCGUUUCUAAAGAUACUUGUGAAGACAUGGAAAAUGAUGGUUCUGAUCCCCAUUGUAAAGAAACUGUCGUUGCAUCACCGUGUCUAGAUGAGGAUAUAACAACCAAAACAGACAUCGAACAUGAUGAUGCAGUGGUGGAUGCUUCGGUUACUGAGGUCGACUUACACGAGCAACCUCCUGCCAAGAAACCGAGGCAUUUUCCAUACCCCGAAGAAGCAAGCAACGGUCUCGGAGACAUUCUGCUAGAGGAUGCAGACUUAUAAGAUGGAAGGUUGGUGUGUUCUUUUUCGACAUAUUUGUAAAUGAUCAUGUCAGUAGGGUUUGGCUUGCCAUGCUGUCAAUAGUGUAAUGGCUCCAUAUCUGCUUAAUUAAUACCGAUAGAUAAUUCAUUUGGGUAACGUUGAUGUAACCCAUGCUAGUUAUAUCAAGGAUUAGUUUCAAUUCCUCGCCAUCACCAACAUCACACUGUUCUUUUCUCUU